UAAGUGGCUUGUCUGUAAGAUGCGCUCUCUUCAUCUCUGAAUCGUUGGAAGGAAGAAGAAAUAAAGAAAAAGAUGAGGAUCAAACAGCAGUUGCUCUUGAUUUUUAUCAUUUGUGCUGCUCCUUUAGUUACCGGCUGGUCUCCCAAUGGUGGACAAAGAAGGACCAAAGAGAACUCGACUCCGGGAUGGUCGUCUGGCUCCAAGGCCUGGAAUUCGGAUCUUUACCCCAUGUGGAAGGUUGGAGACUCCAGGUGGCAAGACUGUUGGAAAGGAGGACCAAUUUCAGUUGAAGUUAACAACGACGCUCCCACCUUAACUGGCGCUAAAUCAACCUUCUACAUUAACUUGAAAUUCCCCAGGAAUCAAACUAUUCGAUCUGACGGACAAAUUGUCUGGGCUGAAAACUGUACUCUGAACGGUACCCACGUACAUGCUGGAGAACAAGUAUAUCCAAAUGAUACUCUGCAGUAUGAAGACGAGAUGUUUCCAGAUGGGAAACCCUUUCCCAGGAUCUCGAGGAAGAAAGGAUCCAAAUUUAUCUUUGUGUGGCAAGCACUGGGCAAGUAUUGGCAGGUGAUGGGUGGUCCCACCUCUCUGCUGACUAUCGACACAGCAGAUAUCCCAUUGGGUUCCUUUACCAUGGAGGUAGCGGUGUACCAUUGUCGCGGACGUGAUAAAUUUAUUCCCAUUGGAAAAGCCACUUCGAGGUUUACAAUCACAGAUCAGAUUCCAUUCUCCGUUGAGAUUUCCCAGAUCAGUGAUCUCAAUGAUGCAGACACCAGCUUCAUACAGAACCGGGCUAUCCUAUUUGGAAUUAAACUCCAUGAUCCAAGCCAAUAUUUAAACAAUGCUGACGUCAGCUUCACUUGGGAUUUUGGAGAUGGCAGUGGCAUUCUCAUCUCCCGGGUCCACACAGUGACACACAUCUACCUCGCAACAGGAGUUUUCAAACCGCAAGUAGACAUACAGGCCGCCAUACCAUCGACUGUGUGCAGCACAGCCAAUCCCACAGCCGAGAGUUCAAAUCCGAUGAUCUCAACUAUGAUCUUUGAUUCUACGCCAGCUCUCCCUGUUGUCACCUCUGGACUGACUGUAUCUCCUGUAUCUAGCCAGCCAACUGAAGGGGAGGUUUCUACAGGAAAUGCAGCUCCUUCUCAACCACCAAGCAUUGAACCUAUAACUAUAUCUUCUCCAGUGUCUGAUUCCCCUGCACCAGCAUCUCAGCAGGAUCCAACCAUACUCCCCUCUGUCACUGGGGGCCCUGUUCCAAAUCCUCCUUCCACCAUCAAUCCUCUUGCCCCCGAUGAAACUUUAAAUGCAGCCCUUGCUGUUUCAGAACCAGCUACAAUUGUAGCAAGCUCUGCUACUGGUGACGCUAUAAAUGCAGCAACUGCGGCCUCAGAACUGGUUCUAAAUGCGGCAAACCCCACCACUGACGAAGCUAUGAAUGCGGCAACUGCGGCCCCAGAACCGGCUCUAAAUGCAGCAACCCCCUCCGUUGAUGAAGCUAUAAAUGCGGCAACUGCAGCCCCAGCACAAGCUGCAAGUGCAGCAACCCUGGUCACUGAUGAACUCUUAAAUGCGGCAGGCACAGUUUCAGAGCAAGCUAUAAACGCGGCAACGACUGACGCAGUCAUAAACGCAGCAAUCUCUGAUGAAGCUAUCAUUGCAGCAACCUCCACCACCGGCGAAGCUAUAAAUGUGGAAAACACUGCCUCGGAACAACCAACCGUUGAACUUGCCACGAUGAUGAUUCAAGAGAGUGAGCCAACUGCCGCAGGCACUGACGAGGGCUUGGUGCUGGUGAAACGACAGGCUCUCCAGGAACCGACAGAUAAUUGCUUAUUUUUCCGCUACGGCACCUUCAUCACCACCAUCAACACCAUCCAGAGCAUCGAAAGUGUGGAAAUUGUGCAAAUAUCAAAUGUGGCGCCAGGUUCUGUGUCGGAGGUGCAGCAAAAUGCUGUGGAUUUCACGGUGACCUGUCAGGGAAGCUUUCCAAGUGAGAUUUGUACUGUCGUCUUGGAUGCAGACUGUAUAAAUCCUCAGCAAACUGACUGCAGUGAAGUGGUGCCUGCUGAUGAAUGCCAGCUUAUCCUUCGCCAGUUCUUCAACUCCUCCGGAACGUAUUGUGUAAACGUUUCCAUGACCAAUGCCGUCAGCUUGGCUGUUGCCAGCGCCCAUGUUAACGUGAACCCAACUGCAGGUGGGACGACAAAUACCACUGAGGUACUAGUACUGGUUGGGAUGUUGCUCAGUGUUAGCAUCAUUGGAGUUGUGGCCAUUAUCUACAGGAAGUACAAGGAAUAUGCUCCGCUGAACCAGAAUCGCUCCAGGGUCAAUUCCGAGUUGAUUCCAGACAGAGCUUUGGUGAACAUUUUCCUGAGAAAUAUGUUCAGCCGACAACGGAGUGGGGUGGGUGAGAACAGCCCUCUGCUGCACAGGUGUGUCGUCUAAGACAAUGCACACGGGUUAAUAAAGCCCACACAUGUAACCAAUAAAAUGUAAUCCAAGCAUCAUUCCACCUGUGUGUUUUUCUUUCCAUGCAUGAGAGAAAAAGAUAUAAACACCGUGAUAAUUAAAUAAAAUAA